AUGACCACCGUUGAUGACAGAAUUACAGAUGACUCUAUUCAUACAAUUGUGGAAAUGGGAAUAGACAAAGAAACCGCUGUUAAGGCUUUGGAAUCAACAAAUGGUAAUAUUGAAGAAGCUAUUAACUAUAUUUUCACAGGUGAAUUAAAUUCUUGUCCCACUGCUGAGACAACUAAUAAUGCUAGUUUUAGCACCAUUGCUGCAAAUGAAGAAGAAACAGCAAGUGUUAACAGUAGUAAUGAUGGUGCUAGUGCCAAUGAUGGGGAUCAAACUCGUGAGGAUUUAUCUUUGGAUACUAUAAUUUCCCAAUUAAAUUCUAAAUUAAAUACUGAUUUCAAUGUAAUUUUCAAAUCGGAUGUUAAUUUGCCGACAGUUAUGUUGCCGCCAUUUAAACAAUCAUAUAUCAUGCAAAGUUAUUUAUCCCUAUUUUUAUACACUUUGGCAUACAAUUUUCCAUAUUCACCAAGUUUUUUAACGCCUGUUACUGAUUCUACUAUAGCUACUAACAAUGUUGACCUAAAUUAUGAUAUCAAUUGGUUCAAACAUAAUAGUCAUCCAUUCAAGCCAAAACACCUACUUGAUACUAAUGCCAAUAAUAAUAGUUUUUUAGAUUCCCACCCUCAAAUUAUAUGGCAAUUUCAAAAAAUGUUGUCCACAAUUAUACUGCCCAGUCAUAGAAAUUAUAUUUCAACAACUAUUUUUAACGAUAAAGUUUUUUAUCCGGGGACUAUAAAGGCUCUACAAAAAUAUGACCAUCUAAGUGAUAUUCUAAAUGUAUUUAUCAAAGACGUGAUUACUGACUUUAGUUCCUGUAAUACCGCUAAUAGUACAGCACUCAAUAAAUUGCUAGUCACGUCGUCGUGUUAUUUCGACUGGUCGAAUAUUACUAAAAAAUAUGAAAGACAAAGUUGCAAAACUUACUUGCUACAUUUCCCAUAUGAUGAAUUUGACUGGAAUCUAUAUAAGAUGUUUAAUAAUUUGUUUAUUAUAGAUGAAGAAGAUUUUGAACAGGAUCAAGAAAAUUGCAAUAUGUUGGAGAAUAUAAGUUACAAUUUUACGAUUAUAUUAGACGAAGAAGAACAUCAUACUUAUAAUAGUUCUGCAGCAAACAACAACACUAGCCUUGGUGUUGAAAUACCAAUGGAAUUUUAUCCGCAAAUAUAUACUGAAGAUAUAUUGAAGAAUUUUGUAUAUAAGGAAUUACUUGCAACCAGAAAACAGUUGUUAAAGGAAUACAAUGAAUUGAGCCGUGAAUUAAUGUUAAAAUACAAGUCAUUCCAGGGGAAAUCUAUAAUGUCCUUUUUAAACACCACUUUAGAUUAUUAUUGUGCUUCAAAUACUGUUAAUAAGGAUAGUGACAACGCCGGGAAUGAACUUGAUGUCGUUGCUUCUACAUUAAUUGAUGUGAAGCAGAGAUUGUCAGAGAAAAAAAAGUUAAUUGUUGAGAGAAUGAAUGAAAUAAAAACAGACUUGAACAAUAAAUAUGAUAUCAAUAAAGCGCAAUUGAAUCCAAGUAUAUUGGAUGCAUUGGGUGGAACUGCCAAUAAUAAUACUAACUCUCAUUAUAGCUUAGAUUUAGAGAAUGAUGUUUAUUUGUUAAGAAGUGUGAUUAUUAAUCCAUUCAAUUAUUAUGUAAUUGACACGUCUAGCAAUAAAACUUUUGCCACUAAUGCCAAUAUUAAUAAAAACAAUAAAUGGAUACACAUUACAAUAACCUUGAAAGAACCAUAUAUCAUUAGAGAAACUGGUGUGGAACCACAAGAAGUCAUAGAUGUGGUUAAGGAAUCCACAAAGAAGGGAUAUUUAGAGUAUCCAAUUGUAUUGCAAUAUUGUCAAAGGGGGAAAUUACUUGAAAAUUUAAAAUUCAAACAAAAGUCUGCUACUAGUUCGAUUUUACAGUUUAACGAAUCGGAUGAAGUAGAGCUCUUAAGGGAGAAUCUACAAAAAAAUGCCACCUUUAUUGAUAAGAAAGAUCAAAAUGUAACGUGUACAGCUAAAGAGAAAGAAACUGAUUUAAUCGAUUUAAAUGAGGAAGUCAAUACUAAUACAAUUGCUGUUGACAGUAGUCACGGGGAGCAAGAUGAAGAUGACCAAUCCAUAAUAGAAAAUGAAAAACCUGUAACCUCAUCAUCCAUCCUUUAA